CCAGAUACUCCUCCAGUCUCGAGAAAAUUUCUUCGCCUAACAGAGACGAAAAUCCUAUCCAAGACUCUAUGGACAAUUACGCGAACGUCAGUUCGAAGAAGGAUCUCGAAGAACCUGGUAAUCAGUUCGUACGUCAGAGAAGAUUGACGUUACCAGUGACGAACAUGGAUCUGGAUUUGAAAGACGCGCCGAAAACUCCCACCUACGAAGGUAUAUUAUCAGGAACAGUGGUAAAUCCCAUUAGGCGAUCUAGCAUCGCGAACGCAGCUAUCUGUUCGAGUUUAGCUCCGAGCCUAGUCAGCGCUUGCCCAAUUAUUCCGAACUGUUUGUUGCCGAGUGGCGAGGAGAAGAAAGACGCCGAUAGUACGUCGAACGUUUCGUCGACGGGGAAUAUCGAGGAACAGGCGGCAGGAAGAAGCGGUGGAAGCGGAUUGAGAUUGAGACUUCCGUUUCUUCGGCUUCAAAUUCCGCUGCAACAUCCAGCCGCUACGUGGGAGGAACAGGAGGACGAGGAUCUAGGUGGUCAUCAUUCUCAUCACCAUCACCAUCAUCAUCAUCAUCACCACGUGUUCCCGCAUUUUCAUGUACCCACGAUCACGUUCACCGCGCCAGCCACCGACGGUGAAUCUGGCCGGAAGUUCAACUUUGGAAUUCGCAGACACUCGCAGACGACCUUGCACCGGACUGACUCGAUGGUAUCGCUCUGCUACCGAUCGCUCGCCAGCUAUAUCACGGACGAUAAUCUCGCUGGUCUCCAGAACUUCCUCGAAAAUAAACGAAUACAGAUCGAUGACCGAGACGAGAAUGGUAGCACAGCCCUCAUCCUUGCAGCGACUAAAGGGAAGAUACACUUCGUGCGGGAGCUCAUUAAUCAUGGAGCGGAUAUUAACGCCGAGGACGGGGAUAACUGGACAGCGUUACUUUGCGCAGCGAAAGAAGGUUACACCGACGUCUGCAUUGAAUUACUCGAGCAUGGCGCCGAUUUGGAGCACAGAGACAUGGGAGGAUGGACGGCACUUAUGUGGGCGACGUACAAGGGUAGGUCGCCGACGGUGACGAUGCUGCUUGCGCAAGGAGCUGACGUCAAUGCUCACGGGAAUUUUCAUAUAUCCUCGUUGUUAUGGGCAGCGGGCAGGGGUUACCCUGACAUUGUUAAGGAUCUUAUUACCCAUGGUGCUAAAGUCAAUCUCGGCGAUAAGUACGGUACCACAGCAUUGGUGUGGGCAUCACGCAAGGGCCACGUGGAAAUUGUAGAUACUCUUUUAAAAGCUGGUGCUAAUGUAGAUACUGCUGGAAUGUACUCGUGGACAGCUCUUCUCGUGGCCACUCUUGGAAAUCACGUGGACGUGGUGCUGCUCCUGUUGGAGCACAAGCCAAAUGUGAACGCUCUGGAUAAAGAUGGUUGCACAGCAUUGGCAAUAGCUUGUCGAGAAGGACACCACGAAAUAGCAAACGCGCUGCUGAACGCCGGGGCUUACGUGAAUAUUCAAGACAGAGCCGGCGAUACGAAUUUAAUUCACGCUGUGAAAGGCGGUCAUAGAGGAGUGGUUGAAUCUCUUUUGAAAAAGUACGCUGAUGUCGACAUCGCUGGCAAGGAUAAGAAGACCGCAACGUACAUAGCAGUAGAAAAAGGCAAUAUACCGAUACUAAAGUUGUUGUUAAAUGCUAACCCAGACCUGGAAGUCGCGACGAAAGACGGCGAUACUCCGUUACUGCGGGCAGUUAGGUCGCGAAACGCUGAAAUCGUACAAGUAUUGCUGGACAAGAAAGCGAAAGUUUCAGCCACCGAUAAAAAAGGCGACACGGUACUUCAUAUAGCUAUGCGUGCAAGGUCGAAAGCUAUCGUCGAAAUAUUACUGAGAAAUCCGAAAAACAGUCAGCUACUCUACCGUCCAAAUAGACAAGGCGAGACACCGUACAAUAUCGACAUCAAUCAUCCAAAGACCAUUCUUGGACAAAUAUUUGGCGCACGACGUCUCAAUACUAACGAAGAUAAUGAAAAUAUGCUUGGAUAUGACUUGUAUAGUAGUGCAUUAGCAGAUAUUCUCAGUGAACCAUCUCUAUCAACGCCUAUAACUGUUGGCCUUUACGCAAAGUGGGGAUCGGGAAAGUCGUUUCUGUUAAAUAAAUUAAAAGAGGAAAUGAAAAAUUUUGCUCGCCAGUGGAUAGAUCCCGUGUUCCAGUUUUCUUUCUUAUUGUUCCUAGUAGUAACACAUGUGUCCUUGUUAGUGGGUAUUACGAUAGGUCUUGCCCUUCAAUCGUGGAUCGUUGGUGUUGCGUGUGGCAUAAGUCUUAUUUUUAUCAGCUACAUCUUUUUGAUACUUGUCUGGUAUGCUAAUAAAAGAUACGAUUGGUAUUGGCCGUAUAGCCUUACAGUAGCGCUGACGACAAAGUUAAAUUCAUUGAAGCUACUGUUGCAAGUAAUUUUCUGUCAUCCACCUGGUGGUCGAGUUCACGAUGGCGUCACUGUUCAGCCGAUAAAGUUCUAUUUCACUGAUCAGACUCGAGUCGGUACGACUGCCGCUGGAGAGAAUGCAGUAGUACAAAUGGUGGGAUCCCUUUACGAUUCCAUCGAGAACGACUUCGGUUCGUUUUCUACGCGACUAUACAGAGCGUUUAGACCGAAAGCGGACAAAUCGACGACUACGUGGAAAUGGAGGCAUCUGUGUUGUUUACCGUACAUAGUUAUAUUCGAAUUCUGCUUUUGCAGUUUACUCGUUGGUAUUUCUGUACUUACGGUCUACCUCAUCGAUAUUUCUAACACCGAACCAACAAUAGAAAGAGUCACGGCACACAUUAUCAUGAUUACCGUUGCCUUAAUACUAGCUGUUAGUGUGAUAGCAAACUUAUACACGUGGAGUCGUACGUUGCAAGCACUUGUUUUCUCUCAGAGACGGCACCUACAGCGCAGCAUUUCUAAGUUAGAGACACUGAAGAGCGAGGGUUUUAUACAAACGCUGAGAAGUGAAGUCAGUUUAAUGACAGAGAUGGUCAAGUGUCUAGAUAGCUUUAUGGCGCAACAAAGUAGAUUAGUAAUAAUUGUGGAUGGUCUGGAUAGUUGUGAACAAGAUAAAGUGUUAUUAGUUUUAGACGCUAUUCAAGCACUGUUCAGUGAUAAUGGUUAUCCAUUCGUUGUUAUAUUAGCAAUCGAUCCGCAUAUUAUAGCCAAGGCAGUGGAAGUCAAUAGUAGAAGAUUGUUCACAGAGUCAAACAUCGGAGGGCAUGAUUAUUUACGCAAUAUGGUGCAUCUUCCAUUUUAUUUGCAAAACAGUGGACUACGGAAGGUAAAAGUUGCUCAACAAACUGCCCAACAUAGUAGAAAAACUAUGUGGACCGAAGCCGAGGAAAGUGUUAACUACACCGCCAGUAGUACGAUGCACCACUCUGUUUCAAACAGGAGACUUAGCACUGAAUCUGGUAUAAUGAACAGUAAUGAAAAGUUGAAGCCACAAAGUAGAAAAGGUAGUAGAAAAUUGCGGUUGAGCGAAUCGAUCGCGAGUAGUAUCGGCAGCAAUUUGAAUCGCCUGGGUGGAGCUCAGGAUCUUAAUAAAAUGCUUCUCACUGACGAUUACUUUAGCGACGUAAAUCCUCGUAGUAUGAGAAGGUUGAUGAACGUCGUUUACGUCACUGGGAGGUUGUUAAAAGCAUUCCAAAUUGAUUUCAACUGGUAUCAUUUAGCCAGUUGGAUCAACAUCACCGAACAAUGGCCAUUUAGGACGUCUUGGUUGAUUCUUCAUUACGAUAUGUAUGAAGAUAGUUUAGAUGAUUCCAUGUCGUUAAAAAGUCUUUACGAUAAGAUUCGACCUCAAAUUCCGGUACUUAAAGAAGUUCAGCCUCUUUUAGAGAUGGAUAGAGACGAACGAAAACUGGACAUUUUCCUCACGUUUCAUCGUUCCAGUUUGCUCGUUAGCGAUAUGAAAAUAUUCUUACCAUUCACAAUAAAUCUCGAUCCUUAUAUUAAGAAGAAAAUAAAAGAGGAGCAACAGAGCAUAGAGGAAGAAAUAGGACCUGGUCCAUAUAAACAGUAUAGUCCUUGGACUUUGCAUGGUAAUAGUCACGAACCAUGGGGAGCAAACAGGGGCGGUUUACCGAGUCGAACAAUGAAACUUGCGAAAACGCCGAGUUUACAAGGACACAUGCCAGUGCCACCAGCACCAUCUUGGUGUAUGCAACCAGCAUUUGAUUGGCAGACACCACCGUGGGUACCAAUAGCUUCCAUGGAACACACGAUUAAACCACUCUCUGCAACUACAACUCUACCGUCCGAAAUUUUGGAAAUAAAACUCUCGUCUCUAACAGUAAACGGAGUGUGCGAUCUUAUUGAUAGAAUCGAAUGUAUAAAUCCCAAUCAAGCAGCACAGUACAAACAAGUUGUUAAGGAUAAUAACAUUAAUGGCAGAGUUUUAUUACAUUGCGAAUUACAAGAGUUGAAAAAGGUUCUUAAAAUGGCGUUUGGAGAUUGGGAACUGUUUCGUAUGGUGAUCGUAUCGCUUAGGGAAGUGGAACUUUCGUCUUUUAGCACGCAUGAAGAAGGUCCUCGAAGUGUGCGAUUUACCGUAGGAUCGGAACAAAUUCAACGAAAAGAUCAUGCUUUACAAAGCACUUCAAUUCGUGUACCUACGCACGUUGAAAAAGAGAAGGGAACAUCAAGAACGGAUGGUCCUCCUAGAAGAGAUCAAACUAAACAAUCUAUUAUGGAGAAGCAAUUGGGAACAAAUGAUUAACUAAUUUUCCAGGUAACUUUGGAGGAACAAAUGAUAUGCGGAGCACUGCAAACAUUAAAUGAAGAAGCGUGCGAAGAUGUAUUAGAUGUACCAUCUUCUGCAGGGUUACCAUCAGACUCACUCUCAGGAACCAUUUCGACGGCUCCUCAAGACACAGAGUACGUGAUCCUUCAAUCCAAUCCUCUUCUGCAUUGGGUACCAGUCAACGAUGAACCUGAAACUUCUGACGACAGCUCGUUUGAGUCCACAGUUCAUCUUCAACGUACAAACUCGCAGCGUAGCAUUACAUCUCAGCUUAGCACAAGAUCAGCUUGUUCGUUUGGACGUAAAGACCCAAAGAAAACUGGAGGAAAUGUUAUUGGUAGCAGACCAGCGUCGCUUUUCGUCUCCCCGCCACCUUCCCCCAGACCUGCUUUCAGAUCCAAAUCGACCGAUGAGAAUUACGUAGCCAAUAAUAUACCCAUGAAAUCAACCAUCUCCACGCCUAUCAAGAAACUACGCUCGACGUCAACAUUGAACGACGAGAUAGUCCUAUCGGUUCCUGUUCCAAACUCCAGUCUAGAGAAACUAAGUAAAUUGAAGGACCGCUUGAUGGGAACUUUACCUGCCUCGCCUGCACCAGGGGAGAGCGAGGAUGAGUCCACACCGUUAGUUUCUGAAUUAUCUACGCCUACCCAUUCACAAUCAGAUAGCGUGUUCAAACACGACUGCAGCGAGGAGAACAGCAGCUCGAUCUCGUCGAACAAAAGCCUGCCCCGUGACGGCGAACGAUCCGUCAACAUUGUUGAUUAUUCCGACACUGUUAGCUUAAUGGUGAGAGAGUCCUCGCAGGUGCGUUUCCUGUCGCGUCAAAGCUCCGAAGAAUGGGACAAUCCCGAGACACCUGUUUGAUACAUUCUGUUACACAAUCGUUAGUGCGUCUCGGUGUUACACGAUAAAUACACGAUAGAAAAAGAAGCAGAACUUUGAGUUGAAAGAAAAAAAAAAGGUACUUAAAUCGAAGUUUGUGAUAUACACAUAUAUUUUCAAAGAUAGUCAGAGUAGGGGAAACUCCACUUUGUAAAUAGUGAAUAGAGAGGAUGAUAUUGUGGAUCUUUUUAGAUAAAGCGUUCAAAAGUGUUCAUACGUCACAAAGAAAAUAUAUAUGGAACGAGCAAUGCUAGAAUAUGCUAAGAAUGAGGGCAUACAUUUUGUGCGGCACACGUAUUAUGCGUUAAGAGUUCAUUGUUAUAGGAGAAUACGUUUGACCUUCGCGACAUAACGAGCGACAUUCCUUGAUAAUAAUUUUAACGCAUUU